AUGGCGGCGCCGCCGGGGAUCCUCGAGGUGGGAUGCGCGGGGUGCGGCGAGACACUGGAGGUGGAUCAUGGCCUCACGGAGUUCGCCUGCCCGGACUGCGGCAUGGCCCAGUCGCUCCCGCCGGAGCUCAUGCCGCCCCGCCCUCGCCGCGCGCUCCCGCUCCCCGGGCGAGGCGCCCCCUACGCCGCACCCGUCCCGCCCGCCCCGCCCGCCGCGCCCGCUCGAGUCACAUGCGGUGGAUGCGGAUCCGUGCUUUGCGUGCCGCACGGCCUCGGGCGAUUCGCCUGCCCGCUCUGCGGCGUCGAGCUCGCGUCAUUCCCCCUGGCCGCAGUUCCGGUCGUGGUGUCGCCCACAGCCGUCCCAAUCCCCUCCCCCCGGCCAAUGAAUGCCUCCGAGCAGGUGCAGCAGCCUUCGAGUCAAUCAACUCGUGCAGGAAUGGUUCAAAAGCCCAUUCAUUCAGAGCAGACACAUGGACAACAAUACAAGCAUUAUUUUGGAGAGGAGUCCUUCAAUUCAUUUAGAGCUGAGCCAAGAACACAGAUUGAUGCAGCAAGGACGCUACAAACUGAGCCUCCUAAACAUGGACAACAAUACAAGCAUUAUUUUGGAGAGGAGUCCUUCAAUUCAUUUAGAGCUGAGCCAAGAACACAGAUUGAUGCAGCAAGGACGCUACAAACUGAGCCUCCUAAUCCUUCAAUCCGUAGGGAUGAGUCACAUACUGAACCUGUCCAAGGAACUAUUGCCAGGCCUGGCAAGAGGACACAAACUGAUGCAGCAAGGACACUGCAAAAUGAGCUUCCUAAUGCUUCAGCCCAUAGGGAGGAGUCACAUACUGAACCUGUCCAAGGAAAUAUUGCCAGGUCUGACAAGAGAACAUAUAGAUUUGUAUUUGGUCCAAAAUCGUGGCAAGAAGGAAAUGUCCAAAAAGAGCAGCCUAACCAGGUUGUCCAUGCAUCACAGGCUCAAGUAAUGCCCACAGAGUCUGCAGUUCAUACAAACCAGGCAGUAGGAAGGUUUCCUGAUGACCCAAUUCCAAUUCACAGCAAGCAGAUAACUGAACAUGUGGAUGUCCCUAGUGCUAUCGAGCAUGGGCAGAUACAUUCUCGGCAUCAAGUUGUCCAUGAGCAGCAGGCAGGUGAAAAUCCCAUUGACACAGUCCACAUGGAGCAGGAAACGGUGGACUCUGCUUGCAAGCCAUCAAGCGAAAAUAGGAAGAGAGGCGAAAAUACUGAAGGAAAUCAUAAGAGGAAAAACAAUAAUUUGAUAAAUGUCCACGCAUCACAGGCACAAGUAAUGCCCACAGAGUCUUCGGUUCAUAUAAACCAGGCGGACAGAGUGUUAAUGCACGGCAAGCAGAGAACUGGACAUGUGUCUGUCCCUAGUACCAUCGAGCAUGAGCAGGCACGUUCUCAUCAUCAAGUUGACCAUGAGCAGCAGGAAGGUGAAAAUCCUAGUGACGGAGUCCACAUGGGGCAGGAAAAGGUGGACUAUGUCUGCAAGCCAUCAGACAAAAAUAUAAAGAGCACCGAAAAUACUAAAGGAAAUCGUAAGAGAAAAAACAAGAAUUUGAUGAAUUCUUCAAAUGAGUGUCCUCAUCUUAGGCGCAGUAAACGCCUGUCAAAGGGAUCAUCACCAGACCUUAUUGACGUUGGGCCUAUCCAGAAGUUAGAUGCUUCACCAGACCUUAUUGACGUUGAGCCUAUCCAGAAGUUAGAUGCUUCACCAGACCUUAUUGAUGUUGAGCCUAUCCAGAAGUUAGAUGCUUCACCAGACCUUAUCGAUGUUGAGCCUAUCCAGAUGUUAGAUGCUUCCCCCCAUCAAAAUCAUUCAGAAGCUCCACAGACUGAGAGUAGCAUAGCUGAUCAAACCUACUCUCCAGAGACUAGGUGGACGCUUCCUAAUCUUGGUUCUAGUUCAUUGCAUGAGCAUGAGAUUCCUCAAAAAAGCUCUAAUGGGAUUGACCAGCUUGAUGGAAGUGAUGAGGAAGUGCAUUCGAAUCCAUCUGAUGAUCAGAAUCAGUAUAUGGAUGGACAAGUGGCAGAAGCAGCUUGUAGUGGCAAGAACCACUCGGAGCAGGUGGCACUCAAGCCUCACAGCAAGAAUUUUGCAGAGCAUGGCAGGCUGUUGAACCUGGCUGCUUCAUGCAGCCGCCUUGCUGCCUUGUUGCCUGUUCCAGCUUCCACUACUUUGCCCACCAUUUCCUCGCUUUCUUCACGUGAAAAGCUACCACUUGAGUGCAGCAGUCCGACAACACCACAGAACCAACCACGAACAGUUAUAUAUUCCCAGGAUGCACGGUGUGAUGAUAUGCUAUCAGGGUCUCUUAGCAAGUCAUCAAAAAAGCGCAAGGGGCGUCCCCCUUCAGUGCUAGUGGAACCACGCAAAGAAGCUGAUAGGCCUGUGUUGACGCCCAAUGGUACAGACAACUGGAGUGUCGACCCGCCGUUUCCUAAGAAGGUAGCAACUACCAUCUCCCUUCUUAUCAAGCAGAACUAUCCUGGGACCUGUAUUUCAGUGGAUGAAGAGGGAAGAUCCCGUGAGGUUGUGGUUCACUAUUGGCACCAAUGCCCUCCAGAUGUAAGGGCUACCGUGCUGGAUGAAUUCCUUAAACGCUACAAGUGGGCCCCUGGCCACGAAGAGGAGUGCCAGAAGAUCUUUGAGCGCAAAGCAGUUAAACAGUUAGUUAACCUGUUUUGCUAUGAGAAACAAAGGGUUAGAGAGGAGUUGGCAGCAAAGAAAAAGAAGCUCGAAGGAUCUUGGGCGGUUGGUAGGGCCAAUGGAGAAUUAGAAAAGGGAGAUGAUAAAGAAGAUUUAGAGGAACGACAGGGAGAAGGAUCCGUUGUGGAGAAUGACGAUCCACUGAAUUGGAAACCGUUUGCCCCUGAUUGGAUGCAACCAGCAUGGUGGGAAAUGUUGUGUGACCAUUGGGCCCGAGAUGAAUUUAAGAAGGUUUCUUACCAAAAAAGAAAGAAUCGGAGUGCAGGAGGCCACCCCUCUGCAGCUGCAGGCUCACAAACCAUAGCAAUGCGGGAUACCACAUCCCGGCAUGCUGAGGAGGCCAGAUAUCCUGUGCAGGAGCAGGUGGGGAGCUCGAAGCGUGAGAGGUACUAUGCUACUCCUGUAGCCAGCAAGAAGGACCAGACUGAUCCAUCGUCAAAGUCCUCCCCAGAUUGCUUGAACAAACAGGGACAACAGCCAAUAUUCACGCAGGAGCAGGUGCAGCAGAUGAUUAAUCGGGCUCUACAAGGACUGAAUGAAACUUGGGAGAAGAAGUUUAUGUCGUUGGAGCAAAACAUGCGCAGGACGGCCUCGUCACGCGCUGUUCCCGUCGACACAUUCGAUUCAGCAGAGGGAGAGGAAGAUCCAGCCGCCGGAGGAGACGACGGCGAGGAGCAGGAUGGGCAUUGGAGCUAGACGGACCCAGCGCGGGCCUCUCUUGUCCCGGCUCAUAUUCUGUCUGCUGCCCUCGUUUUUUACUGUAUGGUGAUGAAACUAUUCGAGGGCAAUCAGCCCCGCGCGCGCGCGUGCAGCUCGGGGUGUAGUGUAAAUCGUGUCCGGGUCUCUUUGACCCAGAUCGUGUGCACGUUUCAAAGUCGUCGCUCUCUGAA